AUGGCUGAAGACAUUACUAUGUCGACUUGUAAACGAAUAGCGAUUGUAGCACACAAUAACAAAAAGGAAGAACUGAUCAAUUGUCUCAAACAGCAUCGUUCAGUUCUUGCUCAACAUAAACUGUUUGGAACGGGUACUACUGGUUCGUUGGUUGAAAGAGAACUCGAUUUGCCGGUGACCAAAUUUCAAAGUGGCCCGUUAGGAGGAGAUCAACAAUUAGGAUCACUGAUCGUUUCUCAUGAAAUCGACAUCUUAUUCUUUCUCAUCGAUCCAUUGGACACUCAUCCGCAUAUUGUCGAUGUUCACGCUUUAUUGAGAAUAGCACAAGUGUGGAAUAUCGUUCAUGCGACAACAACUUCUACUAUCGAUUUUAUUCUUCGUUCAUCGGAAAUGAAUACACCAUAUACCCGACAUGUGUUUCAUUCGGUUCCUUCAAAAGCGACACCUAAGCAAAACCUGAAGAAACAUCAAACAUCCAAUCGAAAGCCGAGAAUUCAAUUGCCGCAUGUGUCACCUGCACGGAAGCAACCGGUGCUUCAACAGACCAUCUUUCGGAAAUGUUAA